UCCUAGAUUAAAAUCAUAGAACCUCCAUUCUAAAAAAACUGUGGGUAUACAUACACCAUACAGUCUGCAUUGGUUGAAGAUGAUGGCUCAGUACCUCCUCUUGAGGACAACUAGACUUAGGCUGAGACUUAGUUCUUCUGGUCCCAUACAGGACAAUGGGCAAACAAACUCUGUCACCACUCCCAACCCAUUGCAACCUCUUUCACUUCAGCUCACAUAAUGUUCCAGUCUUGAACAUCUUAGUUAAAUGUAUUUUGCUGGAUCUUCUUUGGCCAGCUCAAUUUCCCAAUUUAAACUGCUGUUGUCCAUUCUACUGCCAUUCUGCCAAAGUGUAUAUCUGGGAUGCAAAAUUCGAUUCCUGCCAGUCUCAAUUAUUUCUCAGUCAUAAUGUCCCAUUAGGCAUCUCUGAUUGGUCCUCAGUGCCACUUCCUGUGGUAAUAAUAACUCUCCAUGUAUUGCACAGGACCUUCCGUACCACAGGUGAAAGACAUCCAUCUUAUGUCAUGCUUUUGCUGCUCAGCCUGUUGCUCAAUGGAGAUGAGGAGCCUUGUUGCUGUACAGUCAUCAUUGCCUUGGUCUUCCCAUGGCUGAUGUGUAGACCAACCUUAGCAGUGCUACUCUCAAGGCUGCUGGUCAUGUCUUGGAACACGUGAAAUUUUUCAACGACUCUUGUUAUCAACGUCACUGAUUUUGAAAGGGCUUUCAAGCAUCCAUCAGCAGUCUCUCUGGCACAUCACAAUGACAUCCCAUAUUAAUAUCUUCACAGUCUUACACUGCCACAUUCAGUUGCUAUGUCCCAACCAGCAUGGGCAUCAGACACUCCCUCAACGUCAUCACAGGAGUGCACAAGGGUGCAAACUCUUCCCAUUCCUUUUCCUCAUGGCUUUUGAUUUCAUUUUGAGGGAGACCAGGGUGCAUUCAGACUUUGACAUCCCAUGGCAACAGCACCAGUUGACGGACCUAGAUUUUGCAGACAACAUCUCCUUGCUGGCAAUUAGCAAUGACCUUCCUCGCGAUACCCACAUCCUGUGAAUGAAUUUAGAGAAAGACCUGCCAUGUUGCCCCCCCCACAACUGUUAUAAAAUUUCCAAGGUAAAUGUGUGCAAUGCCACAGGAGAUUUGUUAAAUCAUUUUAUACAGUGGAGUAUAUUUUCACUUUCAGUUCUGAGGGUCACCAGACCUGAAAUAUUAACUCUGAUUUUUUUUCUUCACAAAUGCUGCCAGACCUGCUGAGCUUUUCCAGCAACUUCUGUUUUUGUUCCUGAUUUACAGCAUCCGCAGUUCUUUCAGUUUUUCAUAUUUUCAAUUUGCUGAUCAGUUGGUUUCUAUGAAGGUCAAUGCCUCAUCAUAAAGUUCAAAUGCAGCCUGGCUUUUGCACUUUUGGAGGUACAAUGAAAUAAGGCAUUAUCUAUAAAUAACUGACGAAAUAUUAGGAAGGUGUUCACGUGUCUGUGCGAAUCGGUCAGACGGGACGCUUUCAAAAUGACCUACAACAAUUGUUACUUUCACUGAUUGCCGAAGUUGACUGGAUUGUUGAACGUCGAUUUACUAACAGUUGCUUUCCAUCUAACUUGCCACUCGAUGUGGCAGAUACAUGACAUUCAUUCUGGGAGAAUGAUGUGUUAAUUGUAUAGCGAAUUCGGUUCAUUUUCCUCACGAUAAUUAACUAAUCAUUGCAGUUUACUGCUGCAGUUAAGAUUCAUCCGUAAGCAGUCGAGUGAAACAAAGCGUGGACUGCUCUCUGAUGAAGGGUCUAGGCCCGAAACGUCAGCUUUUGUGCUCCUGAGAUGCUGCUUGGCCUGCUGUACUCAUCCAGCUUCACACUUGGUUAUCGUGGACUGCAAAUGGGGGAAGUUGUGCAACAUUUCUUCUUGGCCCUUCCCUCAAGCAAAUACAGCUGCAGUAUCUCGAGUUGAGAAAACACCCUGACUGCCUGUCAGCCAGCCAGAAACCGCUUGGUCUGGUUCUACAGGCAGCUCUGUUCAAAGGUAGUCCGGGCGUUGGGUGUUUAACUUGGGACUGAUGACUCAUUUGCACUCACCUCUACAGUGCGUUUAAGGAGCAGGAUAAAGGCUCAUUUUGAUCAUACUCUCGUUUUAUCAGCUAAUAUCGCCAGGCGUUAGUUUUUCUUCCACAACACUGAUCGUUUGUGUGGCCCGUGGAGAUCCUGUAUUUCGUUCUGGGUGUGGACAUGUCUGCGGACUGCCCCCAGCCUCUAGCAGUGAGGGACUCUCCUAACUUUCUGCCCGGGACCUCCAUGUGCUGUGAGAUUGCGGUGCUCCCUUUGGAACUUCUGCUCAGUUUACAGCGAUCACACUUCCACGUGGUGGGCAAUAACAUUCAGAUCGUCCAGCGACCAGGAGCCGGUUACAAUGUGAUCUCCAAUGGCCAAGUCAAGGCGGAGCGGCAGUGGAACCUGACAGAAUGCAUACAGAGGAAAGUUACUGUCACAUCUCUCAAGAAAUACAGAAAUCUUCAAGAGACUAUAUUAAGUAAACCAAUGGUCUUUCUUACUAGUAUUAAGCCCCCUGAAGUUUCUAAAAAAGAAAUGGCUUAUGCCAUCAUAGUGAACACUCAUCACUCCAAAAUGAGGCAAGAGAUUCAGGAUAGUAUGAACGAUGUCACAGCAUCAGAAAUAGAGGCAAACUACAUCCUCCAGAUCACUGUGCAAAAAGCAGUCCAGUCAUUUUUCAGUAUGAAAGAGGGAUAUAAGAUGGAUGGUCUUGGGUUGGAUUUCACAUGUGAGUUGAAAUGUGAUUCAUUCGACUGUACGUCAAAGAUCAAGGAACUAGACGGAAAGGUUCUAGACUUGUCUUGCCUAACAGAAGAUGAGAAGUGCAAAGUGAAAAAUUUACUGGAUAAUAUGAGUGAGCCUAACAUUCAAAUCAACACAGCAUCUGAGCAGAGUCCUGGGGAAGUUCCCUCACUUUGUGCAGGUUCAUCUGAGAAAGAAGUGUUUAGUUCGUCUCAAGGACAAUCAUAUGCCAAGAGGACAUCUGUAAAGGAAAAGUCUUCAACACAGUACCCUGCAGUGAAUGAGAAAUCAUAUCUGCUGCAAUUUACGCAAAACUUGCCCAGAUAUAUAGAGUGAAGCUUUUAAAAAAUGAAAUCAGAAUCUGAGUUUUUUAAUUAUAAUGUGCCUUAUUAAUUUACAACAUUUAAAAGACAUCUGGAUGGGUACGAGAAUAGGAAGGUUUUAGAGGGAUAUGGGCCAAAUGCUGACAAUUGGGACUAGGUUAAUUCAGAAUAUCUGGUCUGUUUCUGUGCUGUAUGACUCUACGACUCCAAUUACCUUGAAUGAGUCUGAAUUUGGGAACAGCGUAUGAGCAGGAUCUUUUUAAACUGUGUGGUUUUUGGAAUAGCCAGGAUUGUUAUUCACAUGUCUCCUGUAAUCAUUUUGUUUAGUAUAGCUUGAGGAAUUUAUACCUCUGUUAGUUUACAAACUGAUAUUUGUAGUAAUGGCAUAUCUUUCACCAAUAACUACAUUAACAUCACGGGAAGACAAGUGUGCUAUAACCAUGAUUUCUAAUGGAGUAAGUUUUCAGCUUUGCUGCCUGAGCAGUGAUCUGGUUGUGCAGAUCACCCAGACUCUGUGGCACUUAUUCAAUUUUAAUUCCACUGAAACCAUAGAUUAUGUGAGGGAUGAAUGUUACAGUAGGUGAGCAAUCUGUUUUGACAGAUUACCACAUCAUGACAGACAAAAGAAAAACCCAGUUUUCACUUUGGAUAAGAAAAUGGUUUUAAAUGGCAUAACCAAACACAUGGUAAUAAUGGGAUUAGUCAAGAGACAAUAAGGGGCUUUACAACUUCUAGUUUUGUGCUUCUUAGAAGCUGUACUCAUUUUACCAGCCAAACAUUGCUAUACUAGGGAGAAGGAAAGAUACUCCAAAUAUUGCAUUCCAGCCACAACCUUGUUAUUUAGCCACAACCUCACCUUUAUGUACAGUGGCAAAAGUAGGUGCCAACUACACUGCACUGCAGUAACUCACCAAAGUAACCUUGCAAACCUGCAAUCCUUACCUCCUCUAAGGACAAGAGCAGCAGAUGCAUGGGAACUGCGUUGAUUCCUGGUUUGAUGGUAUUGGUGGAGUGGUACAUUUGGGGCACUGUUGCUGAUGGUGCACAGAGCCUCACUGAUGCCCAAUGUUGAGUUGCCAGCCCUGUUUGAAAUCUAUCCCAUGUAGCAUGCUGAUAGUGUCACACAACAUAAUGGCACAUAUCCUCAAUGUAAAACUGGAACGUCUGCUCCACAAGGACUCCUACAGAUAUUGUCAUGGGUGGAUACAUCUGUAGAAGGCUGAGGGUGUGGUGUAAUAUGAUUUUCCCUCUUGAUGGUUUUAGGUCCUGUACCCAGUUUUCCAGUGAUGCCCUUUAUACUCAGCCAGCUGUGUCAAUAGUGGCUGCCAAGCUGCUGAUGGUAGACAUUGAAGUCCCACACCCAGAAUGCCUUCUGUGCCCUUGCCACCCUCAGUGAUUCCUUCGACCAGUGCUCGACAUAGAAGAAUAUAGAUAAACAUACAAAAUUGGAGCUGAAGUAAUCAUUCGCUCACCGAACCUGUUUCUCCAUUCAAAAAUAUAAUCGCUCAUUUGCUGCUGUUUUGAAUUCCACAGUCUCAUCCACUCUCAAUAAGCCUUGAUUCCCUUACCCAACAAGAAUCUAUCCAUCUCUUUAUUAAAAGUAUUCAGUGGCCUUCCUCUACUGAAUUCAAGCCAGAGAUUUUUGAUGUCUCACAGUUCUUGGAGAGAGAAAGUUUCUCCUCAUCUCUGUCCUGAAAGGGUGAUCCCUAGUUUUGAACCCUGCCCCCAGUUCAGGGCUCACCCACAAAAGGAAACACCCUUUCCCACCCACCUUAUCAUUCAGGAUGUUAUGCACUUCAAUCAAGUCACCCCGAACUCUUCUAAACUUCAGUGAAAACAAGUCUAGUAUUUCUAUCUUUUCUCAUGAGAUAACCCACCCACUCCAGGUAUCAACCUAGUAAAUGUCCUCUGAACUGCUUUGGCGUGUUUACAUCCAUCCUUAAAUAAGGAGACCAAAACUGCACACCAUGCUUGAGAUGUGAUCCACCUAUCCUUGUGUAACUCAUACAUAAGAUUCUUACUUUUUGUACAAAUUCUCUUGUAAUAAAGGAUACCAUCCCAUUA